CUUACCCUUGCUUUGACAUUACAGUUUGUUUAUGUGGUUUGUUUGUUAUUUUUAUGCAAAUCAAUUAAAAACCUCUUGUAAAACAUAAUUAUUAAUUACACACUAUCGUCAAAUAUUGGAAACGGAAAAUACAAUAUAAAUAAAGUAAAUGUUAUUAAACAGAUUUCUGGGUGGUGGCAUAGUGUUGCGAUUAGCCAACAUUUGCAGUUACGGCGUAAUGGCAUGCAGUGGAAGUCAAUGCUCUUACAGUGCAGAUAAGGUUAACUAUCUGACUCAAGAAAAUGCUGUAGCUUUAGAUCAAGAUUUAUUCAAUGAAUAUAAGUUCAGUGUGGACCAGCUUAUGGAGUUGGCAGGCUUGAGCGUGGCUACUGCAGUUGCUCGCGUUUAUCCAGCCACAACACACAAAUCUGCAUUGAUUAUUUGUGGACCUGGCAAUAAUGGAGGAGAUGGCUUGGUAGCAGCCAGACAUAUGACUCUGUUUGGGUAUUCAGUUGCAGUGUAUUAUCCGAAGAGAACAGCAAAUACUCUGUAUGAAAACCUCCUUUGGCAAUGUGAAAAAUUUGGUGUCAAUAUUAUAAAUGAUUUACCACAGCCAGAAGAACUUAAAAAUGAGUAUAAGGUUUUAGUUGAUGCCUUGUUUGGUUUUAGUUUUAAACCACCAGUUAGAGAGGCAUUAAAACCUGCUUUGGAUGCUUUAAUAUAUUCAGGGUUGCCAGUCUGUAGUGUUGACAUCCCUAGUGGAUGGCAUGUGGAAAAAGGUCCAGAUUCUGAAAAUUCUCUGAAGCCUGCACUCCUAAUUUCAUUGUCUGCACCAAAGUUGUGUGCAAAACCAGAAAUUUUGAAAAAUGUUAAACAUUUCCUGGGCGGUAGGUUUUUGCCUCCUGGCAUUGUGCAGAAGUACAAUUUAACAUUGCCUCCUUACCAAGCACAGGAUCAAGUAGUGGAGUUGUAAAUUAUUUUAAUAUUCGUAAAUUACUAUGUUACUACAAUUUGAAUAUUGUAUUAAAAUAAAUCAAAUAUUUAUUUUUCAUUUUAUAUAAAAAUAUAAACAAUACAAAACAUAUAA